AUGUUCAGCCGGUCCGGGUACCAAGCCGUCCCGCUGGGAGAUUUCAACCGGUUCCAGCAAUCCAGCACCUGGUGGAAUGGAUCGCAGAGGGCCUUUUCCUCGCCGGGACACACAUAUGACCCGUUGGAACAAGGGCAGAAGGGAUUAGGCGUGCCCCAAGGGUUCUUCUCGCAACUUUGCCACGGGGGGAUCAUUGCCCUGGUGUUUCUGCUGACCGUCCUCACCUUCCCGAUCUCUGGCUGGUUUGUUUUGAAGACAGUCCCAACCUAUGAGCGAGUUAUCGUGUUCCGUUUGGGGCGGAUCCGGGCCCCCAAAGGCCCAGGCUUGGUUCUUCUCCUCCCUUUCAUCGACCAUUGGCAACGAGUGGAUAUGAGGACCCGGGCUUUCAGCAUUCCGCCCUGCAAGCUAACCUCGCAAGAUGGCGCUCUGGUGUCUGUCGGAGCCGACGUCCAGUUCCGCGUUUGUGAUCCGGUGCUUUCCGUCAUGACGGUGAACGAUCUCAACAUGGCGACGCGGAUGACCGCCCAGAACGUCAUGACCAAGAUUCUGCUCAAGAAGUACCUGUGGGAGAUCCAAACGGAGAAGCUCCGGAUUAGCGACCAGCUCUUGCUGGAAAUCAACGAUGUUACCAAGUUGUGGGGCCUGCAGGUGGAGCGGGUGGAGCUGAUACUGGAGGCCGUGCUCCAGGUCCCCCCGGAGACGGUGACGGUCACGGGAGCUUCAAACAAGCUCCCGGCCUGUGGAGUGCAAGGGCUGGACACCACCAUCCAGCAGCUGGCUCUCCACUUCUUCGGCAAGAGCUUAGCCGCGGCAGGAGCCGCAGCAGGUGAGGCUUUUGUUGGUGAGCCUUGUCCUGUCUUGCACCAUUCUGUUCCAGAGGUUAAUAAUGCGGUAUGUGAAAAGGCGCCUUCUCAUUCCUCACCCACUGACUCCUUGUCUUCACGUCGGGGAGAAAAAAAACCUUUGGUUGUCUCUAGCCCUGAUGAGCUCCAACCACAAGUGGAUCAUGUGGAAGUACAGAGUGAAACUGGGCCUUCUGCCCCUGCCAACAGAACCAUGGUACAGGAUAUGAGGAAGCGCUUUGAUCCCGAUGAGUUCCUGCUAACCGUGGACGAAUACUUGUCCGAGUCCUUAGUGAACCAAAUCAGAGCUUGCUACCAGUUCAACAUUCUGCUGCCCAGCGGACAACAGAACACCUAUUUCAUCGAUCUCUCCUCAGGCCAUGGGAAGACUGGCUGUGGGGUGCCUGACCGCACCCCGGACGUGGUGCUGGAGAUAGCAGAGAGUGACCUGGGGCCCUUAGUCUGGGGGGACCUCAACCCUAUGAAUGCCUACGUCUCCGGGAAGGUGCGGGCGCAUGGAGACCUCACCAAGGCCCUGAAGUUGGAAAUCCUCUUCAGGGCGAUGAAAUAG